AUUUGUUUAUGUUGGUGGGCUACAGUCGUUCGGAGUAAAAUUUGGCAGCUUUAACCAUUUUUAAAGAAUGGAUUUAUAUCAACAAAGACCAUCUACUGGAUCGGGACACACAGCUACUCUGCAGGUGUUUGAAGUAAAGACUCCACCGAAUCAGCUGGUAAAUAGCUCCGGAAUGGACAAGGAGGACAAGCUUUAUAAAGAUAAGAAAAACAGUCUGCAUCCUCCUCAAAGACUAACUGAAGCUAAUGUUUCUGAACAUACCAGUGAAGACUAUAUGGAGAACAUUAGAAACUGCCACUCCGCACAGCCGAGUUUAAAUAGCCAAAUAAAAGAAGAGGCAAGUGAGUCGGAAAGUCAUUUUGACCCAAAACGGCUUAGCUGCUUUUUCUGUGCAGCAGAAUUCACAACAGGAGGUCUGCUUACGAUACACACCUCAGAUCAUACAGGAGAGAAGCUGUUGACCUGCAUUAUCUGCAAGAAAACCGUCAGUUCAGAAUCGGAGCUUGUUAAUCAUGAGUGCGAUUCUCUUGAGUAUCCUAAUAAACAAACUGAUGACCAGAUUCCAGCCAACAAGCGGCUCUGCUGCUCUCAGUGUGGCGACGGAUUCUUCACAAGCGAAGAACUCGACCUGCACAUCAGGUGUCAUUCCAGGGAAAAACUGUUCAGUUGUUCGGUCUGUAACACCAGCUACAGCGACAGAGACUCGCUGGUUCAUCACAUGAGGCUCCACACCAGACAAACCCAGUUCACCUGCCAUGUCUGCGGGAAGGACUUCGCCUGGAGGAGGCACUUCACCAAACACAUGGAGGUGCACAGGAAGAGGAAGAAGGUGUUUCGCUGCAGGGUGUGUGACGCUGAGUUUUGUACCUAUUAUCUGUUGUCUAAACACAAGACUCUUCAUCAGACAUCAGAGCUUCCUCAGGAACACACCGAGGAGCCGGCUGAGGGUGAUGAUGCUGACACAAGAGACCUGGUGAACACAGAUUCUGAUCUGCAAAAAGAGACCAAUAUGGAGGUUUCAGCUUCUUUUAAAACUGAAAAUGACUUGUGGACAGACUCGAGUCAUCUUCUGCCAAAUUUCAACCUCAAUGGACCCAACAACGUCUCUGAGACUGAAAGGAUCACAAAGAAGAAGUUGAAGGAGGAGGAUUUGCAGCCUCCAAAAAUUAAAGAAGAAGAAGAGGAGACGGAGAUCGGCAGGUUCACUUUCAGUCCUGUGCCGAUGAAGAACGAAGAAGACGAAGAGAAGCCUCAGUUUUUACAGCUUCAUCCCACAGAGGAGCAUAAAGACUGUGUGGAAGGAGGGGAACCAGGUAAGAUUGAAAAAACCUCAGAGUUUUCCGAUCCCGACACCGACGACAGCGAAUGUUGGAGACCUAAAACAACACUUGGGUCGGGUUCAAAUUCAGAAAGCGAUUCUGGCAGAAAUCCUUCCAGCUGCUCCGAUUACAAACCGUCUGAGUCUUUGCAACCCGAGAGCGAUGACAGCGUCGACAGCGACUUCUGGAAGGACUACAAAAAGCCGCAGUUGAGCUCAAACCCGCAGAAACAAGAGCCUUUGGAGAAAGGAGUGAAAUACGUGACAGAUGUAAAACCAUACAGCUGCCCUCAGUGUGGCAAAGCCUUCCGCUAUAGCUCCUACCUGAAGAUCCACAUGAAGCAGCACACAGAGAGGUACUUCUGUUCCAUCUGUGGACACAAAUCCACCUCCAGCUCAAACCUCAAGGUUCAUAUAAGAACUCACACUGGAGAGAAACCGUUUAGCUGCUCGGUUUGUGGGAAAAAAUACACAAACAAGGCAAGCAUGCUGUCUCACAUGUCCAUCCAUGAUGCCGAAAGGAAGUACAACUGCGACACGUGUAAGAAAAGCUUUGCUUGGUUCACGGAGCUCAAAUACCAUCAGUGUGUUGGUGAGUCGGCAGGGGAACAAACACACGAGGAGGACACGAGCAUCAACCUGAAACUAAACAAGUUAUACAGCUGAAGUGACUCAUCUGCAGAAGUUGCUUCAAUGACUGUUUUUAUCGGUUUGAAAAACUGUAUGUCAGUUAUUUCCUGAAGCUUCUUGAAACAGUGAGGUUUUUCCUAAAAAAUAUUCUCAGAAAUGGUUAAUUUCUUAAGGAAGAGCUCAGUAGUGCCACCUUCUGAUAAAAAAUAAAUAACGUUCAAGUUAAAGUGUCUUCUUGCAUUCUAUGGGGAUGGUUUGGUAGCUCCAUAGGUACAACUGAACACUAUUCUUACUGAAGAACUUACAAAUGUAUUCAUUUAAUAAUCGUGUUUUUGACGUUUGCAAAAAUCUAGAGACGGUCUGGUCUUUUAUUUUCAGACCUAAGAAUGAGUUUAUUCAAAAGAAAUCAAUGUUUUGUCUCCCUCAACUGUUUUAUACAGUUAUCUCAAAUUCAUCAUAUUAAGAUAAAUUAUGUCAUAAAGAGCAUCUUAGGAUAAUGAAUAUUGUCAAAGUAAAGUUGAACUAUUACCAGAGAAGCUGCAGCUCCAUUUGUACCAGGAAUAAAAAUCUAAUGAA